CACCUUCCCCUUACACUUUGCUAGAAUCCUCUCAACCUGCCAAAAAUAUGCUAAUUAUGAUGGAUUUUUCCCUUUUCUGUCGCCGUCCGACCUCCAAUCCCAAAUCCGCUUAUACCCCCGUGAUUCUCGCAUUUAGGCAAACCUUCGCCCGAACAUUAGGAGAUUUUAGCUAUCGUUGCCCCUCACUGGAAAUUGCCUUUGUCGACCCUCCCCCACCCUCCGACGAAUUUUCUUAUCGCCAAUCCCCCGUAUUCUCCACCAUCCCCCUUCUCUACCACUUGUGUCUCCAAGUUUAUCGCCCUUGACCCUGUUGGAGAAUUGGAUUAUGGGGUGUUUAGUGUAUAAUUAAGGGUGAUAUACAUUGUUAUGUCAACUUAGACAAGGGAAUUGAUAUAGCUUUGUUGUAUGCAUGUUGGUUCCUUCAAGCUCUUCUUGCACAAUCAGUAGUCUUGAGCUUGGAGACCUCUAAUUAGGUGACUAGGAGGCAGAUGUAUGCGCUGAUCACCAUGCCCAGCGCCCUAGAAGACAUCCAACUCGGAUCUGGGUUGGCCAUCUCAUUUACUCGUGUGAAGGGUCACAUGAAGUGUCUGCUGAUGCACAGAGGCCCUUACAUCACUCGCAUCGCCGGACACCUCAGAGUCCCCCACCAUGUCUUUCGUUGUGUCAACCGCACCAAGGAUUUCCUCGAGGAGACCUUGGCUAUUAUGGGGAUGAUCCUCGUGGUCAGGGACACCAGGGAUUCUUUGGCUUCAGAACCUUCAAACCCCCCCCCCCCCUCCCCCCGACUUGGAUCCAGAGGAUCUAGAGGAGGGAGCUCAUGCUGCAGAUCAAGCACAUCCACCUCCCUCUUGGGCCCGAGCCCUCCUGCGCUUACCGAGGCACCAUGAUGUCAUUACGGAAGUCUUACGUAGUACUUCUAAUUUAAUUGUUACAUAAUUAAGAAACUAUCAUUCUGGAAGCUUUAUGUAAUAUAUAUAUAUAUAUAUGUAUUUUGAUAAUCUCAAUUUUACCCUCAUUUAGGGAAUCUCAAAUCAUAGCAGAAAAAUGAGUUCGGAUCAAGUCAGUAGCCAAAAUGUUACUGGCAUGCAUAAUUUUUUUCUCCAUUAAAGUUAAUGUGCUAUA